GGUACAAUUCAUGUUAACAAGUCGGAAGUGUAAAGGCGGCAGGUUGUACGACCGCUUUCGGCCGAAUUACUCAUCAAGGAACUACUUAAAUCGCUUUGAAGGCGAACGAAGGCAUCAUUGUGCCAUUAGAACUGCAAGCGUUAACAGCACGGCGUUUUGUGUAUCAACAAGUAAAAACCGACUUAAAUAAAUCUAAAUAAAGGAUGAAAUUCGUGCUCUCAUUGUGCUUCGCGGCCUGUUUAGUUGCCUCAUUGCAUGCCGCCGCUGUAGAUACUACGAGUACUACCGCGCAGCCAAAAGCCGCUGAUGCAGAUGCAACGACAACCGCUGCACCCACGGCGGCCUCAGAUGUGAUUGAAGAGUGCCAUCAGCCCAAAGAGACCGGUCGCUGCUUUGCUCUCUUCUAUCGUUAUGCCUACAAUGUAGAGAGCCGUCAGUGCGAGGAGUUCGUCUAUGGUGGCUGCAAUGGUAACCAGAACAAUUUCGAAAGCAAAGAGGCUUGUGAGCAGAAGUGUUUGCAAAAAGCAGCCGAUGCAGACAAAGAAGACGAGGGCAAAGAAGGCGAGGGCAAAGAAGACGAGGGCAAAAGCCCGGCAAAAACAGAUAAGGCUGGUGAAGAGGCACAACCUGUCGUACCAGUGGUUGGCGUGCUGCCUGCUGUAUCAGCUUAAAAUUUGGCAGAAGUAGAGCUUUUGAAGCUGCGAUAAAAAAGGAUUAUUAUUUUUUGUGAAUUAAAAUUUUGUUUAUUUUUAAAAUUAGUAGAUACGUGUGAGAGUUUGGCAAAAAACUUUAAAUGUACAUGUGUAUUUAUAUAAAUCAUUGAUGAAACUUAAGAGCUUUAAUUAUUAAAAGAUUAAGAAAAAAUUGGUUAAUAAAUCCCUAAAAAAAGAGCUUUAAUUAUUUUCUCCA